CAGCACCUACGCGAACUCGCCUGGAACAAGUUUUUUUAGGUUCCCCAGCAAGCCGUACGAAGCGAAGCGACGGGAACUCUGGAUUGCUCUUGUCCGACGACAAGAGCAAUCCAGCGAUCCAGCAAUCGACGACAAGAGCAAUUUCAAGGACGGCGCAGGCUGGCGACCUACUCCAUACACAAGGAUCUGCAGCAAACACAUUGUGGGCGGUGUAAAGGUGAAUGAAGAGGGACAUCCAGCCUACUACCCCUCCAUAUUUCCUGCUACAUACAGGGCAGUACCUGGCCCACUCACUGAAGACCGCUAUGUCAGGAAAAUAAGAAGGCAAGAACAAAGGAUGCUGCUGGACAAGCAGACUGCUGAGGUGCAUGGACAAGCAGCUGAAGCGGCUGCUAAUGUACACGAGCAAAGUGUGGAGGCCAUAAUUCUGGAGGCUCAAGCUGCUGGCAGCGACAACAGUCCAGUGUCUUCUGACAGCAGUGAAGGCGCUCUCUUUGAUUCUGGCCUGCGAUUUGUUCACGUGUCAACAAUGACAGAAGAUGGACACUCGUCCUUCAGCAGUGAAUUCACCUUCACUUCUGAGUUUACCGAUGAAUAUGCAUCAUGCUAUAUUAGCCACAAGGAGGUGUGCACUACAGGCGUGGGAAGAUGUAGCACUACAUUUAUUGACAAAAGCUGUGGGCCUUUGUAUAAACAACCCAUUUUCGCUGGUCACAGCUCAGUUACCGAAGAUGAAGAGAAGUUUCAUUCUUUAACAGCUGUCAGUUUUAACAUUUUUGCUCUUCUUUUAAGGAUUUUGCCACCCAUGAGGAGGGCCGUGAGCAAGUUGUGCAUUGAGGACAAACAUCUGUUAUUUCUGAUGAAGUUGAGGCAUGGCAUGCCAUUUUUUGUCCUUGGAGCUCUUUUUGAUGUGCACAGAACCACAGCAGCACGAAUCUUCAAGGGAAUGCUCGUGAAUUUGAAUGUGGCGACAAAAAGUUGGGUCUACUGGCCGUCACGAAAUGUUAUUCAGUCAACUAUGCCACCUGCAUUCAAGGAGCACUACCCAAGUUGUAGAGUAAUUAUUGACUGCACGGAGCUUGAAACUGAAAUCCCAAAUGGAGUGAAAAAACAGAACCUAUGGUAUUCACAUUACAAGAGUAGGCAUACAAUCAAAUAUUUAAUUGGCAUUGCACCCAACGGCCUGGUCACUUUUGUCUCAAAAGGAUUUGGAGGACGGACUACAGAUUCAGUGGCAACUGUUGAGUCUGGAUUUCUGUCGCUACUAGAGCCAGGGGACCUGGUCUUAGCAGACAAAGGUUUUCCUGGCAUAAAGACAGGUGUCGGUACCCAGAAAGCGACAUUGGUAAUGCCACCGUUUACUAGUAGUCAGCAGUUCACUGAAUCGGAAGUAAAUGCAACAUAUGAAACUGCGUUAGUACGAAUACAUGUUGAGAGGGUCAUUUAAUGACUGAAAAUAUUUGAUAUCACACAUAAGAUUCCGUGUGAACUCACAUCUUAUGCAGAUGCAAUCCUGCAUAUGAUAGCUAUAAUAACCAAUUUGAAAAGUCCUAUCUUUGCAAAAGAGUGAAUGAAGAGGGGGAUUGCCCUGCAAAUGACGUAAUAUGAAGUGUAUUUAUUGCACAACCCACAUAUAUGUAUAUUUUGGUGUAAGUAUCACAGCCAGCACAUCUCUAAUUGUAUCAAAAUAUCACAGUUUUGGCAGUGCAGAUGACAGGAAGUU